UGGGGCAGAGGGAGCGCAGCGCUCAGCAGGGUGACCAUCAGAAAUGGGAGCUUUGCCCUUGCGACCAUCAGAAAUGGGAGCUUUGCCCCUGCGACCUCCUCAUUCGCCAGGCCAGAUGUCACUGUGGGUUGGGUGGAUUUUCCCAGAGUUUCGCAGGGGAAAGAGUUCUGAAGAAUAUUGAAGUAUGCUUGCAUUCUCCCCAGGAUUCCCUCUCCGUCCGGGAUGAGACUGGAGCCGCCUCCACCCUUCAGAGUGUGUAUAAGGCCCAUUAAACUUUCUUUAGUGAUGUGCAAAGAUCUUGGCUUAGAUCUCUUCUGCUCUGGUGCCUCACCGGUUGAUUAACUCGAUUUGCAUGUUACGAGGCCUGUGGGAGCCGGCCCAGGGAGAAGCCUGGGGCCCAGCUGCCUGCCGGGAGGGAGGAGUCGGGCCGCCUGCACACGGGAGAACAGGAUUCGCACCGGAUUCUCCUCUGGAGCUCCGCUCCGCUGCCCACGCUCCCGGCAUACGGACACACAAGCAGGCACACACGCUCCUGGACCCCGCCGCUGGCUCUGCUCUGGAAGUCGCGCAGUAGCCGUCCGUGCUGGCCAGGGCCCGGCUCCUCCUGCUCCUCCUCCUCCUCCUCCAGACUCAGCACCGGGUGGAGCCAGGACUGAGCCAGAGCCAAGCCGGGGGCCCGGAAGAAGGAGAGAGUCGGCCGGCCGCCAGUCCGGCCAGCAGCCCAGGGAAUUCCAGCCCGCGGCAGGGCAGAGCUCCGCGCCUCGGAACCGGGGAGCAGCUACACCUCCCCCCUCCCGGAGGCGUUCCGGAUUGAGGGAAGGAUAAGAGGAAGCGGCCGCCUCAGGAUUGCCAGGCCCUGGACCCUGCGCGGCAGCGGGGAAGGAGUCCGCCUCUGGCCCCUGGCCACCCGGCCGACACCCCCCUCAGGAAGAACGGCCCCCCGCCAGCGGCGGGAAUGGGGGCGAUCCCCCCGUGCUGGUGAGCGGAGCCGUCCCACGGGGCAGUGUGGGGAGAGGAGCAGGAGACGGAAGGAGGGAAGGAAGGACACAGCUAUGGGCAGACGUCUGGGCGGACCUGUCGAUCUUUCACCUCGGAGAGCGGUGGGUGUUCCCGCCAGGACCCUGGCCGAGGUAGCCGCCACCAGGUGAUUGGUCGCCGGCCCUGCUGUGCCUAUGCUCGCCCUCAUCCCCACACCCUUCUCCUUCCCAAAGCCCUGAGGGAGGCUGGAGCCCUGUUAUCUAGGUAAUUUAGGUUCAGACCAUGGACUCCCUGGGGAGUGGACCCAGCCCCUCUCCCGCACUAUGACCCCGGGCACCACUGUGACCUGACCCGAGCCAGCCGACAGGCAGGCAGGGGGAUCCCAGGCAGGCAGGGGGAUCCGCUUCCCUCUCCCUCCGACUUCCACCCCAUCUCCGGGCGCCCAACCAUCCCCACCCACAUUCCCUCUCCCUCCACCUCCCUCCCCGUCUCGGAGCGCCCACCCCCCUCACCCACAUGGUCUGAGGGCUGACCUCCCAGGGGUUAUUUGCUCGGAAGAAGAAGAGCCUAGAGUGGGUACAAGAGACUUUUGCCACCUCCCUUUCUUAUCUGGCAGACUCCUCCCCGACUUUUCCCUUUCUCCCCUUCCUCCCACCCUAGCCGGAUUCUCCCAUCCUCCCUUGCCACAACCCCUCCUGGACAGAGGGCCGGGUGGGUGGGGGGCCCCAGAGUGAUGGAGCGGGACCUCUCCUCUCUGAACCGCUGGGCCAAGGGAGUCGCCCAGGGCUGAAACUCCCUUGCUGCUGUGCCAGGCUGCCAGGCGGGGUGCUGGGUGCCAUCAGGUAAUGCCCUCCGAGGGCUUGGCUCCGGCUUCCUUCCUCCGUAGUCGGGCUCGGGUGGGCCCUCCCCAUCCCCACCUUGGCCUUUCACCCCAUCGGACUCCGUGGCCCCAUCAUGGCGGAGCACCUGGAGCUGCUGGCGGAGAUGCCGAUGGUGGGCAGGAUGGGCACCCAGGAGCGGCUGAAACACGCCCAGAAGAGGCGAGCUCAGCAGCUGAAAAAGUGGGCGCAGGCCGAGAAGGAGGCCUCGGGCCGGAGGGGCCGUGGGGAGCCGAAGACGAAGAAGGGCGGCGGGAAGAGGGAAGAGAAGAAAGUGUUGUUCCCACCCAGCAUCACCCUGUUGGAAGCAGCCGCCCGCAACGAUCUGGAGGAAGUAUGCCAGUUCCUCCGGAAUGGAGUCAGCCCCAACUUGUACAACGAGGAUGGCCUCACGGCACUGCAUCAGUGCUGCAUCGACGACUACGGGGAGAUGGUGAAGCGGCUGCUGGAGGCCGGGGCCGACGUCAACGCCUGCGACAGCGAGCUCUGGACCCCCCUUCAUGCCGCCGCCACCUGCGGCCACCGGCACCUGGUGGAGCUUCUCAUCACACAUGGUGCCAACCUCCUGGCGGUGAACACGGACGGAAACAUGCCCUACGACCUGUGUGAAGAUGAUUUGACCCUAGACUCCAUCGAGACUGCCAUGGCCGACCAGGGCAUCACCCAGGACAGCAUCGAGGAGGCUCGGUCGGCCCCAGAGAAGCGCAUGCUGGAGGACGUUCAGAGACUGCUGCAGGCCGGAGCUGAUCUCAGUGCCCCCCAGGACCACGGCGCCACACUGCUGCACAUUGCCUCAGCCAAUGGCUACCUGGCGGCAGCAGAGCUGCUUUUGGACCACAAGGCCAGUAUGACUGCUAAGGACCAAGACGGCUGGGAGCCGCUCCAUGCUGCUGCCUGCUGGGGUCAGGUGCACCUGGUGGAGUUGCUGGUGGCGCACGGGGCCGACCUGAAUGCGAAGUCAGUGCUUGAUGAGACGCCCCUGGACGUGUGUGGGGACGAGGAGGUGCGGGCCAAGCUCCUGGAGCUGAAGCACAAGCAGGAUGCCAUCCUACGCUCCCACGACUGCCACAAGACCCCGCUUCAGCGUCGCACCUCCAGCGCUGGCAGCCGUGGGAAGGUGGUUCGGCGGGUAAGCGUGACGGAGCGUACCAACAAGUACCGCAAGGAGCACGCCCGGGAGGCCAUCGUUUGGCGGCAGGGGCAGGGGCAGACCGGCGAGCCCCAGGUAGGCGAGGGCGAGCCUGGCGAUGAAGACGAGGAUCGGCAGACUGACACCGAGCUCCAGCUGCAGAGCGGGGAGGCCUCCCUGGCCCCGGGCAGCCUAGCAGGGGUAGAGUCGGGUACGGUGGGACUGGACCAGCGGAAUGGCAGCGCGGGAGCGGGCCCGGGGCCUUCCGCUCGCCACCUCUACUCCAAGAGACUGGACCGCAGCGUCUCCUACCAGCUGGCCACGCACGAUCCCCCGGCGCCCGGCGCCCUCGCCCGCAGUAAGGCCCACCACACCCUGGCUGACCUCAAGCGCCAACGCGCAGCCGCCAAGCUGCAGCGCCCGCCGCCCGAGGAGCCCGCUUCCGCCCCGGGCCCCGGCCGGGGCUCCCCUCCCCUACCCGUCUACUACACGGAGGCCAGCGGGGACCCCCCGUUGCUGAAGCUGACGGCCCCGGUGGAGGUGGCGCCGGCCGAGAAGAAGCCGUGUUGCCAGCUCAUGUGAGCGGGUGACUCCGGGACUCCCCGCCCCCCCCGGACGAGCCCCACAGCCUCCCAGGAGCAGCAAGUCCCCAGCCCAGGCGUGUGGGGGUAUCCCCCCCCCGUCCUCUCCAGCCAACCGGAGCACACAACUCCCCUCAGGACCAAUGUGGGGCCGGGAGAGGUGCGGGGGUGACGUGGAGCUGUCUGGGCACCACUGGGGGGUAGAGGGUCUCCUCAUCCCUUAUUGCCCUCCUCACCUGAGGCAGAGUGCGCUGCCAAUUCAGCCCGUCCCGAGGGAGGGCUUCUCAGGGCUCGGCGGGGAGAAGAGGGUCCCUGGAAGGUCUACUGGGAAAUGGGUCAGUGUUGUGGGGAGCGGUGGGAAAAGGCCCAAUGGUGGAGCAGCUGGACAGAAACUGGGAACCGGACCCACCUCUCUUCCAGCUGAGAGAACCUGGGGCAAGGUUGGCGGGGUCAGAAGAGCCUAAGCUGGACCCCCAUCCCCCUUCUGCCUUCCCCUCCCACCCGGGGUCCUCCACUAGAUCCGGGUGGAAUCAGAGGGCCCGAUGCCCCAACCCUAGCGGGCCUCGGGGUUCUCCAGGCAAACAGCUGGAAGGGGUGAGGUGGCGGGGAAGAAAAGAGAGGGAAAUGGGGGACUCAGGUACUCAACGCCCCUGGCCUCCAGCCGCGGGCUCCUCUCAGGGACAGCCCUCUGCUCUCCGCCUUGGUCUUCUGUGUCGGGACAGGGUGGUGCGGGGGUGGUCAGAGGGGAUGUAUUUUCAAUGUUUUUACUCUGUGCGUCCUGAUAAAGGAAGUUUAUGCCACGAA